AUGUCAUUCCAACAGCCACUACAUGAGCAUCUGCUCUUCUUCUCCUCGCCUCUCACCAAACCUGAGGACACCUCCCUGCCGUCCUCUGCAGCAGCAGCUGCUGCACAGGAAGCUCAAUCCUUCCGCUACGCACCCCUCCCAAGCCCCUCGCCCUCCGCCGCUGCUGCCUCUUCUUCCUCCUCCUCGUCCCCUGCUUCUUCUUCUUCUGCUGCUGCUGCCGCCAUUGCAUCUUCAGGGUCAGCAGCGCUGCAGGUGCCACCAGCGCAGCGGCUGCUGCAGGAGGGGGGGUUGAUGCAGAGCGUGUACAGAGAAAUGGUGGCGACACAGCAGCGGGUGGUGGAGUUGGAGCAAGAGGUGCAUCGGCUGGACGAGCAGAACAAGCUGGAGCAUGCUCGCCUGCGCGGCCUACUGGGGGAAUGGAGCGCCCAUGCCGCCAAGCUAGAAGCUGCUCUGUACCGCUCACAGGUGCAUGCACAGAGAGAGGCAGAGAGGGAAGGGCGGAGAGGAGGCGCCGGGAGGGUGGGGACGAGCGACAGGCUGAGGGGAGGGCAGACAGGUGGAGGGAGAGUGGGAGAGGAGAGUGGGUCACAAGCAAGAGCGCAGGCCCAGGCACAUGCAGGGGGGGCGGCGGGGGGAACGGCAGGGGGGGCAGCAGGGGUAGCAGCAGGGGGAGCGGCAGGGGGAGCGGCAAGGGGAGCGGUAGGGGUAGCGGCAGGGGGAGGGGCAGAUGGUGAGGCGGAUGGGCAAGGGGAGGGGGAUGUGGAUGGUGGAGAGAACGGACAGGUGAACGGGCAGCUGCAGGAGGGGAGGCAGGCCGAGGGAGUGGGAGAGGGGGAGAGGAGGGACAGACGGGAUUUGGAUUAA